GAGUGAGUGAGUGAGUGAGAGAGAGAGCGAAACUCCCGAAGAACUUCGGCAACCUGCUACACGGUCGAUGAUGAUGGCGACCGACGAAACAAGGCGACGUUUUCUAAAGAAAAGAUGAAGAUGUCCGUAGUCGUUCAAGGAUGAGUUUCAGGUUUCACACUAUGUGAUGAGCACCCGGGACGUGUGAAAUUAUUUAAGAACUCCUGUGUUCAGAAGAUUUUUGAUUCCAGUGGAAUCUUCCAGUUUUCCUUUUUUUUUUUUUUUGUUUAAUGAAACGCCCAACAGUCGCACGCACGCACACACCCUCACGCUUUUAAGGAACCCCUGCUCGUUUUACAUGUAGACCACCUCAGCGACGAUGCCUGUACAAGCUCCACAAUGGACAGAGUUCUUGCUGUGUCCAAUAUGCACCCAGACGUUCGAGGAGACGGUGCGCCGGCCCAUCAGUCUGGGGUGCGGCCAUACCGUCUGCAAGAUGUGCCUGAACAAGCUGCACCGGAAGGCCUGUCCCUUCGACCAGACGGCCAUCAACACCGACAUCGAGCAGCUUCCAGUCAACUCGGCCCUGCUACAGCUGGUCGGGGGUCAGGUGCCCAAACUGCAGCCUGUGGCACUGAUUACUAGUCCUGAGGACACCAAGCAUUACGAUGAGGCUCGACAGUGUGUGGAGGAGCUGGCCCUCUACCUCAAACCCCUCAGCAGUGCGAGAGGUGUGGGUCUGAGUAACGCAGCACAGAGCAUGCUCAGUCGGCCCAUGCAGAGGAAGCUGGUGACUCUGGUGCACUGUCAGCUGGUGGAGGAGGAAGGUCGGGUACGGGCAAUGCGGGCGGCCCGCUCUCUGGGCGAGCGCACUGUCACUGAGCUCAUCCUGCAACACCAGAACCCCCAGCAGCUCUCAUCCAACCUUUGGGCUGCUGUUAGGGCAAGAGGCUGCCAGUUUCUGGGCCCCGCCAUGCAGGAGGAGGCCCUGAAGUUGGUGCUGCUUGCUCUGGAGGAUGGUUCUGCUCUGUCCAGGAAGGUUCUGGUGCUUUUUGUGGUGCAGCGUCUGGAGCCCAGGUUCCCCCAGGCCUCCAAAACCAGUAUUGGACAUGUGGUGCAGCUCCUUUAUCGUGCCUCCUGCUUUAAGGUGACCAAGCGAGAUGAGGACUCAUCGCUGAUGCAGCUGAAAGAAGAGUUCCGCACGUAUGAGGCUCUACGGAGGGAGCACGACUCACAGAUUGUCCAGAUUGCCAUGGAAGGAGGCCUGCGCAUCGCCCCUGACCAGUGGUCUUCCCUUCUCUAUGGAGACCAGUCCCACAAGUCCCACAUGCAGUCCAUCAUAGACAAGUUGCAGACGCCUGCAUCGUUUGCACAGAGUGUACAAGAACUGACUAUAGCUCUGCAGAGAACAGGUGAUCCUGCCAACCUGAACCGGCUUAGACCUCACUUAGAGCUGCUGGCCAACAUCGACCCCAGUCCAGAUGCCCCCCCUCCCACAUGGGAGCAGCUGGAGAAGGGGCUGGUGGCGGUAAAGACGGUGGUGCACGGCCUGGUGGACUUCAUCCAGAACCACAGCAAGAAGGGUGCCGACCAGCAGCAGCCUCCUCAGCACAGCAAGUACAAGACCUACAUGUGCCGUGAUAUGAAACAAAAAGGGGGCUGCCCCCGAGGAGCCAGCUGUACCUUCGCCCACUCACAGGAAGAGCUGGAGAAAUACCGUAAAAUGAAUAAGCGCCUGGCUCCGAGGCUGCCGUGUGGUCCUGGUUUGCUGCCUGAAGAAGGGGUCCCUCUAGAGGGCGUCACCCGUAAGCCCUCUCCACUCACCAAUGGCAUCGUGGCUGCCUGCCCUGGGACCCCAGUGCCACCGCUUUUGAGCCGUGGACCAGAACCGUCCCCAUAUGAGCUCAUGCGCAAGCCCAAGGUGGACGCAGGCAGCCUGAGUGCUCCCGGCUCUCCCCCUGACACUUUGGAUAAAGCUGGCCUGCCCCUGCCACCCCACGCCGUAGCACACCCAAGGGGUGAGCACUUGCCUAUGCCCAAGCAGAUACCCGGCAUGCCCCGUGGGGCACCACCCAUGUACCCCCAGCAACAGGCUGAGCUUUUCUACCCCGAGGCGAGAGCACCCUCAGGAUCUCAGUAUGAUGCACAAUACUCUGCUGGUAACCCCUACCCCUACCAGGCCACCCAGUACGUCCCACCCCGUUACAUCCGUAACCCUCCUCCCCCGGGGGAGUCUGCUGUGGCUCCGUAUCAGGACCCUUACCCUGGAUACGGCCCUGAACGGCAGUAUCCGGGCCCCCACUCAGGCCCCCCUUUCUCAGCCGUCAACCCCCAUCCCUAUCCUCCGCCCUCUCACUAUGACAGCCGUCGCCAUGGCCCUUACGCCGGACCCCCACCUCCUCCGCCAUCCUUUGCACCUCCCAGAGAUGAGCUCGUCCGAAUGAGCCCUGUGCCCCUGGACGUCCCUCCUGCUGCGCUACCUCCCCCCACGGCCGGGGCGGCUGGUUCCCUCUAUCACCCUGAGUCUUCGUCACGGGAGAGGUAUCCGCCUGAGGGCUACUACCCGCCCGCGCCGCAUCCUGGUCAGAUGAGGUCCCAUGUCAGGGAUCCAUACAGCCGCUCCCAGCCCAGCCUGGACUACCUGCACCGCAGGCGUAAGGAGUUGCUAAACCAGCUGGAGGAGAGGAAAGUUAUCUCUCCUCCGCCCUUUGCUGCCUCUCCCACUCUGCCCUCUCACGCCUUCCCUAGCGACUACCCACAAGAGUACAUAGAGGAUGGCUCAAAAGCUUUUGGAACCCGGGAACCGGACUAUGCCGGACAGUACUCCCCGUGGUCAUGUGACACUAUAGGAUCGUACAUCGGCUCCAAAGACCCAAAACCGAAAGAUGCUAUGUCAGCUGGUGCUGUGGAAAUGAUGAAUAUGGAGGGAAAGAGUCUGCGCGAACCACCUCUGGAUGCUCAGCGCCGUUCUGCAGAAACCAAAGACGACGACCCCAUCAUCCCAUUCGGCCCUCUGCCCACAGUAUCCCCUUUCGGGGCCAUCUCCCGCACCUCCAAAACGGGCUACCAGACCACCGGCCCAGUGCAGGCCAUGGCUUCUUCUCAGGCCUCUGGCUCCAAACACAUGACUAUGGCAGCUGAGUACUCCUAUGGGAAUCACGUUGGCUGGGGAAGUGUUUCCUACCCACAGCACCAGAGUAUGGCCUCCCCAGGACACUUCGGUGAACGUCUGCCCGUUUCUACUCCCGAUAGAGAGCAGCUGAAGAUCGAGCUCCAGCAGGUCAACCAACAGAUCAGUCAGCAGACGCAGAUCCGUGGCAUGGAGGCUGCCAGUAACUCCAUGCUUUUGCAGAGAGAGGCCAGCGCUCUGGCUGCCCAGCCUCCUACUGCUAAAUGGGCUACGGGAGGUGCGGUGUCCAGCGAGCAGCUCAGUCUGGAGCUCCACCAUGUAGAGCGGGAGAUUGGAAAGAGGACCCGUGAAAUUGCCAUGGAGAACCAGGUGGCGCAUGAAGUCCAGUUCAAGUUGAAAGCCACUGAAAAUGGGCAACCUGAUCAUAAAGCCCAACUGGAGGAACUCUCCUUAGCACUGGGUCAUCAAAUUCAUCCGCUCGGGGAAGGGGUCCGAACCACAACCCAGGGAGGUCUCAAAUGGAUCGAGCAGCAUAGUGCCGGCCAGUAGCGUGGGCAGCUCUAUGCUGUCUUUGACCAGUAAAACAUCGUCACUCUCCCUUUCCUCUGGUGACCAAGCAGCAAGUGGCUCAGAGCUUCAGAAGAAUGGUGUUGGUCACUCUUGCUCUUAAGAGUGCACACCCCUCCCACACACACACACACACACACACACACAUACAUACACACACACACACACACACCCACACACACACACACACACACACACACACACACCUGUACUUGAGAUUCAGUAAUUGGUGUUAUUGACCAGCUGUGGAAAGAGUUAGCAAUUUGAAGAGAUUAGAGAUCAGAAACUCUUUAAAUUUGUGGACGGAACACAUUGAUAUACACACACACACACACACACACACACACACACACACCUCUGCAUGCUGUUACAUGCAUGCACAAACACAAACUUCUCUUUGUUUUAUCUAGAAAAAUGAGCAGUAUCUGCCGUGAUAUGAAUUUUCUUUCUUUUUGUUCUGUGAAUGAGCUUUUUGUUUUUAAAAUGACUUCUCAUCGCCUGGAAACCAGGGCAUCUGAUUACGCUUUUCUUUUUUUCCCCCCCUCCUCUUUAUUCCCUUUGGCGUGUAUAUUUAAAUACCACCGAUAAACCCAAAGCAAGCAUGAAAAACAAAGGAUAAAACAAACGUGAAGAUUGGCAGCAUAGGAAAAGAGAAUGAAGCCGAUUCUGUAGCACCUGGGCUCUUUCUCUUGACGGGCGACUGCAGUUGGGAGGCGUCGUGGCUUACGUACGGCAUGAGGAUCCUUAUGCAGUUGGCCUGUGUUAAAACGCUUAACUCCCUUUCCCAAAAAAGUAAAAUCUGUGCAGCCUUGAAUAUGAUCUUACUGACCGGGCACAAAGUAGCAUGGAGAGCCUUUUAUCAAUCCAUUUUGUAUGGACCAUUACUACAGGUUUCCCCACAAGGUACAGCGCAAUCGUGGCAGUGCAUCGACGUGAGACGCGACAAGCUUCGAGCUCCAGCUCUGGCGGGAACACGGAGGUUAAAAGAUAAGCAAUCAGUUGUAAGAUUUCAUUUAAUUUAUGGUUUGGCUAUAGAACUGUUCAGAAUUUGUCAGUGGUAACGUGUCUAAAGCAUUCUGUUUUAUAGAAUGCUUACAAAUGUUAAAAAAUGAGCACUUUUUCCAUGUUUUUCUAUGAGUGUGCUUUUUUUUUAUUAGAAGAGAAAGAAUGAUACAGAUCCUCGUGUUCCUCAGGGUUGGAGUUCGGUGGUUUAGAAUGAAAAAAGAUUUUUUUUUCUUCCCAGUGCCGCUUCCGUUUCAUGCGAUCGCAGCCUAUUCGGAAAUUCUUGUCAAUUCUCCCUAACUUCUGUGAAGUUGCUUAUUUGGGCUCCCCGGUCACAUCUGCAUAUUCGGGUUAGCUGCUGCACAGAAACCCGUAGUAGGAGAUGUCGUUUCAACAACAGCAGGCCUCGGAUGGCGGGAUGGUCGAGAGAAAUUUCAGAUACACUGGAGAAAACACCCAGACCUGAUUACCAGACACAGGUGUUGUUUAGAUUAAACAAGAUCACCUAAUCAGCGUCAUCGGAAAGCGAUUAGGCUUGUAAAAUAGCUCUUUGUAUCCUCACUUGAUUUAUUUUCGAAUCGACUCUCCAUGGAGACAUUUAUUCAGCUUAUACCUGUAUCACCUCGCUUUGACCUAAUGUGUGUUUUUGCACAUAAUAUAUUCACUGACUAUUUAAACAAACAAAAAGCGAAAAAAAAUAUAUAAUAAUAAAGGAUGCCCCAGAAAACGGAAAGAUCAAGAAGCGGACAAGCUCUGAAGUCUUCCUAUAGUGAUGACAUUCUUCACGUGUGAGAUUUUGUUCUAGUCUCUUGAGACCGACUAUGAUAUUAAGCUCCAAUUUUGGGUGCAGCCUCUUAACGUGUACAACUGUGCUAUAGCUGUCGUGUUAUAGCUAAUUUCUGUUAUGAUGACUUGUCAUGGUCUUUUUUGUUUUGUUUUUGUUCUUGCUCGAGAAGAGCAUGCAGCCUUUUUGAAAGCAAUCGUCAAGAUUGGACUCGAGCUUAUGUGGACAUGCAGAGAUGAACGACCUUCCUUAUGAGGUUCGGAGGGUCUAGUGAUGUUCUAGUCGCCAUACUUGACAAGCACUUUCUCGCCCGUAGCCACGCUGUCAUCUCUCAGCGCGGAAUUCUUACCUCCUCCCUCUUCUAGAUUGAAAAAAACUGAAUUCUUGAAAGGCAAAGGCUUCUUUCCUGAUAGAAAUUGCAAACUGCUUUUGACCUGGCGGUCAUUUUGCAUGAUACAAAUGAAUCAAGUUGGGUUGGGUUCUUGAAAUUAACCUAACGUCCCUCGUAACAGUGUCCCUGGCCAAGGUCUACGUCUUGCCCACCGGCUUUGGUCUCUGCAUCAAGGCUUCGCCAGAGUCUGUGAAUAGAUGCAUUUUACAUCCAUGAUCUACAUGGGGUUGAACCUCCAUCCACUUAGUAAAUGCAUCUACGACUUUGUAACCGAAUCUGCUUCUCUUACUGCAAAUACUGAGCUUCUCAUUUUAUGGCCCACUGUAACGGGAGGACGUCGCAUGUCCACUGAAUUCAUUUCGUGUUGAAAGCUAAGACAGCUGAGGAGGUAGAAACCUCAAAAGAACCCCGCUUAGAACAUCUGCUGGAAUGCAAAACUUGCUGCUCUUAAGUUUGACAAGGUGAACUUAAGGAGUAACCUGUAUCGACUCUGCUAAGCUUUGUUUUCUGCGUGCUAUGAGAAUAAAAAUGGAAUAUAUUAACUUGCAUGGCUGCUCCUGACAGCGCGCAGUAUUCCUCACUGCAGUCAGGUUAAGUCUUUCCAACUGAUUGCCAAAAUUUAAACCACUGGAGCUCACCCUAAGGCCGCUCCGGUCGCCAUUAGCAUUGGGUUUUGCUUGGCUUGGCUGCUGUUCAGGCGACACGACUAGCAUGAUGAGCGCUAACCUGUUUUGCAAUGCUAAUUGCAGCUAAAAACGGUUAAAACUAUCCAGAGCAUGCCACAUUGACGGCGUUUAGCAGGUUUUUUUUUUGUGUGUGCAUGUAGCGCCCCAGUCAGCAUUUUGACACUGGCGCACUGCUAGGAUGAUAAUUUUAUUUUAACCUCUGGAAUAUAUGGGAAUGUGCUAUAUGUAUUUAAUAUUUGUCAGCGAUUUGGCACUUGCUUGGGUGCCCUAGUUUCUUUUUUUUCCUUUUUUUUUUCUCUCCCCUUUAUUUUGUUAAUAAUCAGUGAUCUCACUGAGGUAAUAACUUUUGCUUGGAUUUUUUUUUUGUAUGUUGUUUUACAAAUGAAAUCAUGUUGCCCAUCCACAUAUAGCCACUAAAAAAGGCCUACGACUCAUUUACAUCUUUAAAAAGCUUUGUGCAUGUGUUAUUUUCUUUUUUUUUUUUCUCCCCCCAGCAGAGAAGUCACAGCGUAAUGUGAUUUUCUUUGAGAAUGGGUCUGUUCUUAAUGGAUGAUAUUCAUUUCUCUACCUGGAUUGUGUCUGUUUUGAGCGGACCUGUAGCAUUCAUUUAAAUGAAAAGGCAAAUUAACUCAUUUUUGAACCUUAACACUGUUAUGGCUGUGUCUAUUUUCUUUUUAUUCCUAACUUUUUUGGGAAAUGUAAUGGCUUUUUUAUGAUUACUUCCAAGUCGUCUUGUAAAAUCUCUUAAAUUAAGGUACAGGCUUGAUUUCAACAAGGAAAGGUUUUAUAUAUAAAUAUAGAUUAUACUCCAUUAAGGAAUGUUUAGAACCAUCUUACUCCAAUGUGGAUGUAGCCAUUAUUACGCCAUUUUAUGACUUUGUAAAACAAUUCACUGUGUGAAAAUUGGUUUGCAUUUUUUGUAUAAUACAAUCUGCUUUUUUGUUUGUUUGAGAGGUGAAACUGGAAGCUGGAGGAUGAGGAAUUAAAAAAAAAAAACCUGUGAUAUUAAAGAAAAAUGUAACUUGUGUACAACAGUGAUUCUAAAUGAGAGGGAUGGAUUAAAUAUUGACACUUAA